AUGAUAAAAUACACAACGAGACUAAUCAUUCAAAGAAUUCAGCCAUCGGGCGGAUGGGCUUAUUACCCAACAAGUCUAUGUGCCAGGAGUUACUCUUUUAAAACGAAUAAUACGAUAGAUAGUAGCAAACUGGAAUUUACAAAACGAAAUAUCCUUAUAGAGGAAAAUAUCGAUAAGUAUUAUCCAUCAAUGACGGAUAUCCAACUGUGGCAUAAAGGAGCCCUAAUAGAAGCGAAAGAUAUAUCUAUUCCUAAGUUCUUGGCCUUAUUUGAGAAGGCAAACUUUUUUGACCAUUCACAAAGCAACUAUGGCGAUAAGGACGUUUAUACAUUGAAUGGUAAAAUAAAAAAUAUUCGGUAUUCAGGGAAGAAGAUAUGUUUUAUUGAUCUCUUGCACUCAUCAUCCAAUAGCCAAUUGCAAAUAAUACUGAACUUCAAUCGCUUAUCGCAAGAAAAUGGAGGUUCAUCCUCUUCAAUACCACAGGGAGAGUUUGUCACCUCAACUCAAUUUCUUAAAAAGGGCGAUUAUAUAAAAGUUCAAGGCUAUCCAGGGCGUUCCGAAUCAAGAGCAGGCACUUUGUCAUUAAUUUCUACAACGAUGCCACUUAUUUUGUCUCCAGCCCAACGUUUAUUACCAUCUAAAUUAACAGAUGCUAAUAAAAUAAAGAAAAAUAGAAUCGUUGAUUAUCAGGUAAAUGGCAUUGAGACAUUACUCAUCAGGAAUUAUAUUAUCAAACUGAUAAGAUUAUUUUUCGAGGAGCAAUCAUUUGUAGAAGUAGAAACUCCAAUCCUUUCAUCAAAGACUAACGGCGCUACUGCCAAACCUUUCAAAACAACAAUACUAGACUCGAAAGGGGAAACAACACUGGAAUUAAGAAUAGCACCAGAAUUAUGGUUGAAGAGACUAAUUAUUAGCGGAUUCGAAAAGAUUUAUGAAAUUGGGAAGGUGUUUAGGAAUGAAAGUGUUGACGCUACUCAUAAUCCAGAGUUCACGAUCUUAGAGUUUUACGAAACCUUUCUCUCAUUAGACGAUUUAAUUUCGAAGGGCGAACAGUUAUUGAAAUAUAUAUUACUUAAUUUAAAAAAUAGAUUCCCCAAUUCUAAAACGUUAUUGAACUCUAACUUUAACGGUUUGUUCGAAACUUUAGAAAAAACUAAUUGGAAAUUUAGACGUUUUGACUUCCUCUCAACUUUGUCAAAUGAAUUGAAUGUAGACUUUGCGCUAUUGAACUUGAAUAAUCCUGAUCCCACUGACAUCAUUAAAGUGCUACCAACGUUUGCGAAAGACUUCCUUAGUAUCAAUGCUCCGAUAUCAACAUUGUCUACGCAACAGAUUGUGAACAAAUUAUGCUCGGAGUUUUUAGAAGGAAAGUACUGUAAUUCUAUUCACCCUACUUUAAUAAUGCACCAUCCAACUAUUAUUUCACCGUUAGCAAAGACAAACACUCAUAAUUCUCAAGUUUCAAAUCGUUUCGAGUUAUUUGUUAAGGGAAAAGAAUUGAUGAAUGCUUAUGAGGAAGAAAAUUGUCCUCAGUACCAAGAAAACAAUUUUCGGCUCCAAAACUCAUCAACAUUGGACUUUCACUUCAUUAAUUCUUUGCGAUACGGGAUGCCUCCAGUUGGAGGAUUAGGUAUGGGUAUUGACAGACUAUGUAUGUUGUUGAUGAAUAAACAAAGGAUUGAAGAUGUUUUACCGUUCGGAACAUUAGAUGACGUUGAUGAACAGUAA